ACGGUAAGAUGUUUGUGCAGAUUUUCUCCCCCAAUUCAUUGUGAGGCGAGUCUAAUUUUAACUCCAGAAGGUACGCUGAUUCGUUGGGAGAAUCGACAAUUUGGAUCCAAGAUGACGGACUCCAAGUACUUCACCACUACCAAGAAAGGGGAGAUCUUUGAGCUCAAGGCAGAGCUGAACAGUGACAAGAAAGAGAAGAAGAAGGAGGCUGUGAAGAAGGUCAUUGCAUCUAUGACGGUUGGCAAAGAUGUCAGCGCUCUGUUCCCAGAUGUCGUUAACUGCAUGCAGACGGACAACCUGGAGCUGAAAAAGCUGGUCUACCUCUACCUGAUGAACUAUGCCAAGAGUCAGCCAGACAUGGCAAUCAUGGCUGUCAACACAUUUGUAAAGGAUUGUGAAGACCCUAACCCUCUAAUCCGGGCACUGGCUGUUCGUACCAUGGGCUGCAUCCGUGUGGACAAGAUCACAGAGUACCUCUGUGAGCCACUGAGGAAAUGUCUGAAGGAUGAAGACCCGUAUGUGAGGAAGACAGCAGCUGUGUGUGUGGCAAAGCUUCAUGAUAUCAAUGCCCAGCUCGUGGAGGACCAAGGCUUCCUGGACACCCUCAAAGACCUCAUCUCUGACUCUAACCCCAUGGUUGUAGCAAACGCAGUGGCAGCACUCUCUGAGAUCGCUGAGUCUCACCCCAACAGUAACCUCAUGGACCUAAACCCUCAGACCAUCAACAAGCUGCUGACAGCUUUGAACGAGUGCACAGAGUGGGGACAGAUAUUUAUCCUCGACUGUCUGGCUAAUUACACACCUCGUGAUGACCGUGAGUCCCAAAGCAUCUGUGAGCGUGUGACCCCACGCCUCUCACAUGCCAACUCUGCAGUGGUGCUGUCAGCGGUUAAAGUUUUAAUGAAGUUCAUGGAGAUGCUGCCUAAAGACUUGGACUACUACGGCACCCUGCUGAAGAAGCUCGCCCCACCUCUGGUCACUCUGCUCUCUGCUGAGCCAGAGCUGCAAUAUGUCGCCCUCAGAAACAUCAACCUUAUCGUACAGAGACGCCCAGAGAUCCUGAAACAUGAGAUGAAGGUCUUCUUUGUGAAGUACAACGACCCGAUCUAUGUCAAACUGGAGAAACUGGACAUCAUGAUUCGCCUAGCAUCUCAAGCCAACAUUGCCCAGGUCCUGGCUGAGCUGAAGGAGUACGCCACUGAAGUGGAUGUGGACUUUGUUCGUAAAGCAGUCAGAGCCAUCGGCCGUUGUGCCAUCAAAGUAGAGCAAUCAGCAGAGCGCUGUGUGAGCACGCUGUUGGACCUCAUCCAGACCAAGGUCAACUAUGUGGUUCAGGAGGCUAUUGUGGUCAUCAAGGACAUCUUCCGCAAGUACCCCAACAAGUAUGAGAGCGUGAUCGCCACUCUCUGUGAAAACCUGGACUCCCUGGAUGAGCCUGAAGCACGCGCUGCCAUGAUCUGGAUUGUGGGAGAGUAUGCCGAGCGCAUUGACAAUGCUGAUGAGCUGCUGGAGAGCUUUUUGGAGGGUUUCCAUGAUGAAAGUACUCAGGUGCAGCUGCAGCUUCUGACGGCGAUCGUCAAACUGUUCCUGAAAAAGCCGACUGAGACCCAGGAGCUAGUGCAGCAGGUGUUGAGCCUGGCUACUCAGGACUCUGAUAACCCAGACCUAAGGGACCGCGGCUACAUCUACUGGCGUCUGCUCUCCACAGACCCUGUAGCAGCUAAGGAGGUGGUCCUGGCCGAGAAGCCCCUGAUCUCUGAGGAGACAGAUCUGAUUGAGCCCACGUUGCUGGAGGAGCUCAUCUGCCACAUUGGUACUCUGGCCUCUGUGUACCACAAGCCUCCCAGUGCCUUUGUGGAGGGCAGUCGUGGAGUUCAGCACAAGAGGCUCCCUGGCAGCGCCGGCUCUGGGGAGAGUGUUGACAGUCCAGACCCUGCUUCUGCUGCUGGAGUUUCUGAGGCGCCCCCUGCUGUCAUCCCAUCCCAGGGAGACCUCCUGGGAGAUCUGCUCAAUCUGGACCUGACACCCCCAACCACCACUGGACCACCACCAGCCCCCUCUGCUGGCAUGCAGUUGGGUGCUAUGGACCUUCUUGGAGGAGGUCUGGACAGCCUGCUUGGCGGAGACCUUGGAGGAGGUUCAGCUAUGGGUGCUGGUUUUGGUGCUGCUCCCGCUGCCAUGCCAGCCUCUUUCAAUGCCCCAGUGAGCGGCGGUCUGGAUGACCUGUUUGAUCUUGGAGGUGGAGUUGGUAUGCCUAUGGGAGCCUACAGCCCGCCUAAAUCAGUUUGGCUUCCAGCCAUGAAGGCCAAAGGUCUGGAGAUAUCAGGCACAUUUUCCCGCCGUGCUGGGGUCAUCCAAAUGGAGAUGACCCUCACUAAUAAAGCUAUGAGUGUCAUGACUGAUUUUGCCAUCCAGUUUAACAGAAACAGCUUUGGUCUCGCUCCAGCUGGUCCACUUCAGGUUCUCACCCCCCUCAGCCCAAACCAGAGCAUUGAAGUGAGCCUUCCCCUCAGCACUGUGGGACCAGUCAUGAAGAUGGAGCCUCUCACUAACCUACAGGUGGCUGUAAAGAACAACAUUGACGUCUUCUACUUCAGCUGCCAGUACCCUAUCAGCAUGCUGUUUGUAGAGGACGGGAAGAUGGAGCGACAGGUGUUCCUCGCCACAUGGAAAGACAUUCCUAAUGACAAUGAGUCCCAGUUUCAGAUCAAAGACUGCCAUCUCAGCUCAGAUGCAGCAUCCAACAAACUACAGGGCAGUAACGUCUUCACCAUAGCCAAGCGGACAGUGGAGGGUCAGGACAUGCUGUAUCAGUCCAUGAAACUCACCAACGGCAUCUGGGUGCUAGCUGAGCUGCGGGUGCAGGCAGGAAACCCAAACUACACAGUGUCUCUGAAGUGCAGAGCUCCAGAAGUUUCGCAGUGCGUGUUCCAGAGCUACGAGGCCAUGCUGAAGAACUGAAGACACGACCCUUCAUCGACCCGGCCGCUGCCCUCAAAGACUCCUUCUCCUGCUCCCCCCUCCUGACCCUCCGACCAUAUCACACUUGCACGCAGAGCAGGGGCCUCUACCUGCUGUGUCGGGGCCCAGAGGCUGCACUCUGUGUCAUCCAGCUGUUAAACUAGGAUUAAUGAUUUCUGUUCCUUUUCAACCCUUCUCUUGUAGUUUAUCCUUCAGAAAACUUUAGAAAGGUCUGAUUUUUGUCCUUUCUCUGUCACAUAGCUUCAGUUUCAUUUUCUUAAUCAACACUUUCACAGUGUUCUUCGCUCCUCGAGCCAUCCAGUGAUUCUUUCGGGGACAGACGUCAGUAGGACUUGUAUUUCAUGUCUGUUUUCUCUGCAUGAGGCUCUCUAAUCAUUAUCCAGCCCCACUUCUCUGCAAAUUGAGUCUAUUUUUAGCAUCUGCAAAUCAGCAGGUGAACCAUCGCUGUCGGCACAUUUAUUUCGGGUACUCUCAGUUCAAAUGCGACAGGCUUUAACCCUCUCCUGCCUGUGUGAAGGCCUUGGAAGUCUCAUAAAUUCUUCCGUAUUUGUUGUCUUUGUCAUUUUGUUGAGUUUAAAUUAGCAUCUUUUGGACUAUUUCUGGGCUGCUCCAUUCAAGCAGAUGUGUGCCGUGUGCAUGGAGACUGUUUUGAUGUGUUUUCUUCGUUUUUUUCUUUGAUAUUUGGACAUUUUAUAGACGUGCAGCAUUUUUCCGCUGCCUGCUCUCUUAGUCAUUCCAAGCUUUCGUUUGUGUCUGUAGUCUUGUUAGCACACAUGUGGCAGACGGGGAAAGAGCCACAGGUGUUGAGGAUUUUGUUUUUGCUGCUUCGCCCUGCAUCAGUGUCAGCCACUCGGGCGCUCUCUGCCACUUUGCUCUCCUUCCGUAUCCUGAUAGCAGCUCUGUACAGUACCACCACGAGAUGAAGGCUCAGGUGAGAUAUCUCCACACUUAAAAAGAUAUCAUGCUUUGUCACACCCGAGUAAUAAUUUGCGUGCAUGUAGGAGGCAGAGAGGAGGCUAAAACAAGUGGCAGUGCCUCUGUUUUACAUUCAGACUCGAGAUGAAUUGGAUCCUUUUUUAUGAGUCAUUACACCGAAUCUCUUUUUAUCAGCUCUACAGGAUGUAUGCACUCACUUUAACACCUUGUUAAGAUAACAGAGGAGGCUGUGUAUUCUGAGUGUGUGUCUUUGUGUGUGUGUGUGUGUGGUAAUGGCUGAUUCAUAUGCUGUAAAAAAAAAUCAAAUAUUUAAUCAAAUGCUUUUGAUUUUUUUUCAUCGUGUGUACAUCAUUUGAAAAAAGACCUAUUAAAAGUCUUGAUAAAUUCA